GGAGAUUAAAUGCACAAACAAAGACACAAAGUAUGAAGGGAAUGGGCAAUCGAGAGAUUCUGCUAAAAUUAACAUCACCUGAUGUUGUGGAUGGAGAUGGAGGAGACGGUGCCACAAAGGAAGAGGAAAAUCCUGUUUCAUUCUAUUCUAUCCUGGCCAAAUGGGUGAACCUUGCAAGCACCUUUGUUCUUAACUCGACCACAAGUAAAGGUACUCUGAACAUCAUGGGUGCAGACCUGAUGCAUGCAGAGACCAGAGAUCUUAUAGGACAGGAGAUUUUUUCAUGUCUAGAGGAAUUCCACAGUCCAGACUGAGGCUACUACUGGGGGUAUCAAAUUCUUUCGCCUGAAAAUGGAUAUCAAGUUAUAUGAAUGUCAUUAAUCAGUCUUUCUUAAUCUGAUUCAGUGCUGCAGAUUAGUGGUCAGAUAUGCUUUGAUUUGGUAAUUAAACUUGUUUUGUUUCUAUGUGUGUUCCUGUAUGUUAACCUUAAAUAAUCUCUCAAAUCAAUCACGAUAUGUUUUCUUUCUUACUUUAUGCUACAAGAUAUUCAGUUGUCCAUGACUAUCCCUCCAUUAACAUGCCAUGCUAGGUAUCUCAUGUGACAUGCAAUUCUUCCACUACUAGACAAUUCUUCAAGGUCCUAACAUGUACCGAACCAGGAUAUACUUUUGCUUUUAAUCAGCUCAGUAACAUGCUAAAACCAGGUGUAAUAGGAAAUCUGAAGACAGAAGUGCUUGGACUAUAACAUGGAUCAUUCGAAUUGAAAACACUUGCUUUACAUAAUAAUUUAGAAUUAAUCCUCCAUGUCAUGUUAGCCGUUUCUUAGAUUAUAAAAUGGAUCAUUAGAAUUGAAAAUACUUGUAUUAGAUAAUAUCCAUAAACAUAACUCUAUCCCAGUUUUUUGAGCAAGAGAAAUUGACCCUACAAAUCCUCAAUGGACCUAUAUCUUGCUGAAAAUUUAAAGUUUAAUCAGUUAUGAUAUAGUCAGGGUUAAGAUUUAAAAUCUAAUUAGACUCCAUAUCAAAAACUACCCAAUCCAAAUAUGUAUACUAAAAUCAAAGAAUAGUUUAAUAUAUGUAGAAAAAAGAAAUCACAAAAUAUCAUGGCUUUGUUUCAAAAUCCUUUCCUAUCAGGACCAACUGAAUUUCAUCCUCGUAUCCUACUUGUUUAGUGCAAUACGCUUGUUGUCAUAGGUAACAAGUAUAUAUGUCAAGCACAUUGAAUAGAGGAAAAGGCAAUUCUUUUUCUUUCUUUUUUCAUUUCUUAAUUCUUAAUUCUGAUGCAAAUUUGAAUGCUUGCUCUACUGCAACUUAGAGAUCACAUAUGCAAAUCAUUUGCGUAUUAGAUCCAGUUUUCUUCAGAAUGACAAAAUGUCUUACAAAUCUUUGAAAAUUUGAUUUCUUUUUUUUCUCUUUUUAGUUUACCUUUGGAUUUUCCGCGGAGUGAUUAUACUCAAUUUAUCUUCUUUUUUUGAAUACACGAGUACCUAAUACAACACUUUAAAAGACACGACUGGCAUUUUUUAAUUUGAAGUUAGUACAGGACACUGCUUGGAAGCCACAAUAUCAAACCUGAAGACAGGAUGCAUGAUUUAAGUACCAUUACCACUAGACAAAUUAAAGUAAACUCAUCAACCAUGAAAAACCUGACAGGAAAAUCCUGUUUCAUUCUCUUCAUGCUCCGUAUAUCUCAAUCUGUUGUAGCUCACAGGAAAUCAUUAAAACAUCAAAAACCAUGCAAUCGGUUUGUACUAUAUUUCCACGACAUUCUCUUUGAUGGAAAAGAUUUAGCUAACUCAACAUCUGCAAGAAUAACAAAUGCAACUAAACUUGGGGAUUAUGUAUUCGUGAUUGUUUUCGAUGAUCCUGUAACACAAGAUGAGAACCUUCUUUCUCCACCUGUUGCCAGAGCACAAGGGUUCUAUUUCUACGACAAGAAAACUGAUUACAAUGCAUGGAUGUCCUUCGCUUUGGCCUUUAACUCCACUGAACGUAAAGGUAUUUUGAACAUUAUGGGUGCAGAUUUUAUGAAUGAGAAGAUAAGAGAUCUUCCAGUAGUUGGAGGGACAGGAGAUUUCUUCAUGUCUAGAGGGAUUGCUACUAUUCAGACACAAGCUACUGAGGGUAUCAAAUAUUUUCGACUAAAGAUGGAUGUUAAGUUAUAUGAAUGUCAUUAUUAAAAACAAAUUUGAUUCAAGUCUUUGUAUUGAGUUUGGAAAACAAUUAUGAUA